AAGACGUGAAGAAGAAGUUGAAGGGCAAUUGGAUAGAUUGGAGGAACUGAGGAGUGGAACAGCACAGCCUAGGUGGAAUGGCGAGCUGGCGAACUUGGAGAGGAAAGUGGAGAGUCUGGAGGCGGAGAAGAAGCAGUGGGGUGAACGAAUCUUGUAA